AGGCAAGCCUCCAGGGCCUUCAGCCUCUACGCCAACAUCGACAUCCUCCGGCCCUACUUCGACGUGGAGCCCAUCCAAGUGCGAACCAGGCUGCUGGAGUCCAUGAUUCCCGUGAAGAUGAUUAAUUUCCCACAGAAGAUUGCAGGCGAGCUGUAUGGACCCCUCAUGCUGGUUUUCACACUGGUGGCCAUCCUUUUGCAUGGGAUGAAGACCUCGGACACCAUCAUUAGGGAAGGCACACUGAUGGGCACAGCCAUUGGCACCUGCUUCGGUUACUGGUUGGGCGUCUCUGCUUUCAUCUACUUCCUGGCAUAUCUGUGCAACGCCCAAAUCACGAUGGUGCAGAUGCUGUCGCUGUUGGGCUACGGUCUUUUUGGACACUGCAUCACUCUCUUUGUCACCUAUAAUAUCCACUUCCACUCCCUUUUUUAUAUCUUCUGGUUGGGUGUUGGUGGACUCUCUACACUACGAAUGGUUGCUGUGUUGGUGUCGCGCACCGUGGGGCAUACCCAGCGGCUCAUCCUGUGCGGGACUCUCGCUGCUCUGCAUAUGCUUUUCCUCCUCUAUCUGCACUUUGCUUAUCACAAGGUGGUAGAAGGUAUCCUGGACACAUUGGAAGGACCCAACGUGCCACCCUUUCAGCGGGUUGCCAGAGACAUUCCAGUUGUUUCCAGUGCUGUAUUGAACACAACAGCCAAAGGCGUUGCAUUGACCCUGUAGUUUCACAGGCUUGGACUUGCUUCCUCCUCUACUUCUGGGGCUGCAUAGGGCCAUAAUAACCUGCUGCCUCUUAGGAACAGGACAGAACAGCAGGAAGAAGACUUGAUUUUGUUUUCCUGGACCUGUUUUCCUUCAGAUUGCCGUUUCGGGCUCCUGAGUGGACUGCACCUCUGACUCAGAAGAACUGUGCUCUUCCCCCAUGCAGGUCUGGGCUGUCUUGAGUAGAGUGGUUCUGACGCCUGCAUGUUUAGCUGGGAUUUCCCAGCGCAGUUUGUCCCUUACUCCUCUUUCCACUUGCUGAUGUAACCCCAGGGCUAUCUGCCCUGUUCCUGUCCUGAAGAGGGAAGAAUUAAAUUGAUGUUGGUGCUGA